AUGAGCGGAAGCUACUCAUUGCCAUACUCAAAUCACGCUGAGGAGUCUCACCAAUACCUGAAAACAUUCAAACCCAACCAAAAAACUUCAAUACAGGACUCGAUUCUUCAGCAAAUUACAAAACAUAAGCGAAUUGUUCUCUUUAUUGUAACAUUCAUAUGUUUAUCCUUAUUCACUAAUGUUCCAUAUAUACCCCAUCUUAAAUCUUCAUCACCCAAAGUUGUGAUUAUAUUAGCUGCUAAUGAAGGUGGUGGUGUUCUCAAAUGGAAGUCACCGCAAGAAUGGUCUAUUGAACGAUCAUCGAUAGCGAAUAAAAAGAAUUAUGCUAAAAAGCAUGGCUAUGGGUUAACAAUCAAAGACAUGACUAUAAAAAAGAGAUAUUCACAUGAAUGGAGGGAAAGCUGGGAGAAAGUGGAUCUUUUAAAACAAACAAUGAGACAAUUCCCACAAACAGAGUGGUUUUGGUGGUUGGAUCUACAUACUUACAUCAUGGAACCUCAAAUUUCCUUAGAACAACAUUUUUUAAACAACUUGAACAAUGCGACAUACAGAUCCUUACAGACAUUCAACCCAUUAGGAUUACCUACAGAUAUUUCCUACGUUGAUUACUCACAACCAAUAGAUAUGAUUGUAACUCAAGAUUGUGGUGGGUUUAAUUUAGGUUCAUUCUUGCUUCGUCGCUCACAAUGGUCAGAAAUGUUGUUGGAUAUAUGGUGGGAUCCAGCAAUGUAUGAGCAAAUGCAUAUGCAAUGGGAGCAUAAAGAACAAGAUGCUCUAGAGACUUUGUAUUCGACUCAACCUUGGAUAAGAGAAAGAACUGCCUUCUUACCAUUAAGAACAAUAAACGCAUUUCCACCUGGUGCUUGUUCUGAUAAAGCAGACGAUCCACAAUAUUUCUUCAAGGAACACGAUUUUGUUAUUAAUAUGGCUGGUUGUGAAUGGGGACGUGAUUGUUGGGGUGAAAUGGAGCACUACAAGGCGUUAUCGAAGAAACUACAUAAGAAAUGGUGGAAGUUCUGGUAG